AUGCAGGCUUGGGACAUAUGGUGUGCUGGAAGAUGUUUGGAAUUGAUGGAUCCAACCCUGAUCAAAUCCUUCAUAGCUAGUGAAGUUUUCAAGUGCUUACACAUUGGUUUGCUGUGUGUUCAACAAGAUGCAGCAGAUAGACCAACCAUGUCCACUGUUGUUCUAAUGCUAGGAAGUGACACAAUGACCCUUCCAAGACCCAACCAUCCUGCAUUUUCUGUUGGAAAAUUGACCCCUAAAGAAACCUCAACUUCAGGAAGUUUCAAGAAUCCUUCUAUUAAUGAUGUAACAGUCUCAGCCCUUUUAGCAAGAAUACUCAUUAUAAAGGCACAAACACAGACAUAUCUGGGAAGUAAUUGCCAAAACACCACCCAAGAACAUCUCAGCAGUGCAUACCAAACAAAUCUUGAUAAAAUCCUCACAUGGAUGUCCUCUGAUGCAUCCACAAGCAGAGGCUAUAACCAUACCAGCAUAGGCAUCAACUCCACAGUGUAUGGCCUCUAUGAUUGCCGUGGUGAUGUUGUUGGAUACUUUUGUCAAUUCUGUGUCUCCUUCGCAGCCAGAGAAGCCCCUAAACGCUGCCCCAAUAGCGUAUCUGCUAUGGUGUGGUAUGAGUACUGCAUUCUAAGGUACUCUAAUGAGAAAUUCUUUGGGGACAUUCUCACACACCCCACGUGGCAUGGGGUUGGAACAAAAAAUGUAUCCAACAUGGCAGAGAUUAAAAAAGGUGAGGGUUUUGUAAGAAGUUUAAUCAGAAAAGCAGCUACGGAGACAAACCAGUUGUACUAUUUGGGUGGCUUCAGUUUGAGUUCCACUCAGAGAAGGUAUGGUAUGGUGCACUGCAGUAGAGAUCUCACAAAUGAAGGGUGCACAGAGUGUUUGGAGGCUGUAUUAGCACAAGUUCCCAAAUGUUGUGAACAGAAAAUAGGAUGGUUUAUUUGGUCUGGAACUUGCAUGAUAAGGUAUGAUGAUCAAAUGUUCUACCUUCUGAACAACCAAACAUCUUCACUUACUGAGCCAAAUCUGCAAACAGUGUAUAUCGCUUCUGGUACAGGAGAAGAGUUAGAAAAGAGUACUGAUAACUUUUCAGAAGCAUCAAAAUUAGGGGAAGGAGGAUUUGGCAAUGUUUACAAGGGAAUUCUAGCUGAUGGAACACAAAUUGCAGUCAAAAGGCUGUCAAAAUUUUCUGGUCAAGGCUCAGAGGAAUUCAAUAAUGAAGUAAUGUUUAUAGCUAAUCUGCAACAUCGCAACCUUGUGAGACUUUUGGCAUAUUGCUUGGACGAAAAUGAAAACAUACUAGUGUACGAGUAUUUGCCGAAUAAAAGUCUAGACUUUCACCUCUUUGAUGGUGAGAAGAGAAAUCAGUUCGAUUGGAAACUAAGAUUAAGGAUUAUAAAUGGAAUAGCAAGAGAUUUUGGAUUGGCAAGGGCAUUUGAAAUAGGACAGAAACAGGCAAACACAAAACGAGUAAUGGGAACUUAUGGAUACAUGGCACCAGAGUAUGUUAUGCAAGGACUAUUUUCAGUGAAAUCUGAUGUUUUCAGCUUUGGAGUUCUUGUUCUAGAAAUCAUUUGGGCUGAAGCACAGACAAACCUGGGAGGUAACUGCGGAAACGGCACCCAACAAAAUCUCAGCAGUGCAUACCAAACCAACCUUGACAAAAUCCUCACAUGGAUGUCCUCCGAUGCAGCCACAAGCAAUGGUUAUAACCACACCACCAUAGGCACCAAUAGCUCUGCGUAUGGCCUCUAUGAUUGUGGUGGUGGCGUGGUUGGAUACUUUUGUCAAUUUUGUGUUUCCACUGCUACAAAAGAAGCCGCUCAGCUCUGCCCCAGUAAUGUAUCUGCUCUGGUGUGGAAUGAUUACUGCGUUAUAAGGUACUCAAAUGAGGACUUCUUUGGGAAAGCUUUGACAUACCCAACAUGGCAUACUGUUGGAACAAAAAACGUAUCCAACAUUACAGAGAUUCAGAAAGGUGAGGAUUUUGUGAGAAGUUUGAUAAGAAAAGCAACUAAUGAAAGCAACCUGUUGUACUAUAAGGACGGCUUCAAUUUGAGUGCCACUGAGAGUAGGUAUGGCGUGGUGCAAUGCACUAGAGAUCUCACAAAUGAAGGGUGCCGACAGUGUUUGGAGGACAUACUAGCUGAAGUUCCCACGUGCUGUGAACAAAAAGUAGCAUGGAUGGUUUGGUCCGGAAGUUGUUUGAUAAAGUAUGAUGAUCACAUAUUCUACCUUCUUAACCAACCACCUUCAGCUCCUGCACCCGAUCAGCAAACAGAAGGUAUUCCUCUACCUUCAUUUCAUAAAUUUCAAUCAGAAGAAACGUGGAACACCGACCUGCCUAGAAUCCCAUUAAUCACAAUUCUACAGAGUACUGAUAAAUUUUCAGAAGCAUCUAAAUUAGGGGAAGGUGGAUUCGGCCCUGUUUACAAGGGAACUCUACCAGAUGGAAGACAAAUUGCAGUCAAAAGACUCUCAAAAUUUUCUGGUCAAGGUUCGGAGGAGUUCAAUAAUGAAGUAAUGUUUAUAGCUAAAUUGAGGCAUCGCAACCUUGUAAGACUGUUGGCAUGUUGCUUAGAGGAAAAUGAAAAGAUACUUGUAUACGAGUAUUUGCCGAAUAAAAGUCUCGACUUUCACCUAUUUGGUAUGUUUUCAAAUAGCAGUGUUGCUUUUACUGCAAUUUGUUCUUCUGCAUUCUCCACUACAAAAAUAGUAUUGGCUCACAAGUCAGUUGGGGAAACUGUGGAGCUUAAUGUAGUUGUCCUGGCAUAUGUUGAGAAAAGAAAACAAUUUUAUUGGAAACUAAGAUUAAGCAUUAUCAAUGGAAUAGCAAGAGAUUUUGGAUUGGCAAGGGCAUUUGAAAUGGGACAGAACCAGGCAAAUACAAAACGAGUAAUGGGCACAUAUGGAUACAUGGCUCCUGAGUAUGCAAUGGAAGGGCUAUUUUCAGUGAAAUCUGAUGUUUUCAGCUUUGGAGUUCUUGUUCUAGAAAUCAUUUGCGGGAGAAAGAAUGGUGGAUUCUACCUGUCAGAUGGUCAAACUCUUCUUUUAUAUGGUUGGAGAAAAUGGUGUGAAGGAAAAUGUUUGGAAAUGAUGGAUCCAAUGCUGGAAAAAUCCUUCAUAGGCACAGAAGUAGAGAGGUGCAUACAGAUUGGUUUGUUGUGUGUUCAAGAAGGCCCAAAAGAUAGACCAACCAUGUCCGAUGUUGUUGUAAUGCUGGCGAGUGACACAGUGACCCUCCCAAAACCCAAGCACCCAGCAUUUUCGGUUGGAAGUAUGGCCUCAGAGGAAGUCUCUACAUCAAGAAGUUCCAAGAAUUUUUCCAAUAAUGAUAUAACAUCCUCUAUUACUUUACCUAGGUAA